CAGUCAGUCAAGUAUUUCUCUUCACCAUGGCAACAGUAAAACAGCUGACAAAAAUCACAGAUAUAGGCGAUCUGAAGGAUUUGCAAAAGCUGUAUCUGAAGGAUUGGCCCAGCAACUGUGUCGGCUAUUUCUGGCUGGAUAAUUAUUUGAGGUGGUUACAUCAAAAUCCGAGUUUAAAUCACCUCAACUUCUACACUUUAGAUAAUGACUGGAAAAGCGAUGGAUUGUUUAUCUUGGUGCAUCGCUAUCAAUUAUUUUUUAGCAACUUAAGUAAACAGAAAACGGAUCUGAAAAUUGCGCUGGAAUAUUUGGAUUGGUCGGGAGGAUUCAAAGUAAGUGCUAUUCAUGAGGCCCAUCAUAAAAUUUACAAAGAGCUUGCGGCGGAACUCAAUCUUCAUAUGGAUCGGGAAAUGAAUACAAUUAUGUAUAGUUUGACCUGCCAGGAGGCUGAGAAAUUGGAAGAUGUUAAGUGCCCGGAGGGUUAUUAUCUAGGAAAAGUGCGUUUGGAACAUGCAGAUCUUAUAAACGAUCUUUGGUCCGCCCGUCAUCCUGGUUCCCUAAAACUCAUUCAAAUGCUAAUCACUAAUAACAGCAAUGUGGGAUUGUAUGAGAAGGAGUCUGGUUCAUUAUGUGCCUGGUGCUUAAGGCUCCAAAGCGGUUUUCUCGGAGCUUUAGAAGUGAUCCAAAGCCAUCAAAGACGUGGUUUGGGGUUAGUGGUUGCUGCCGCUAUUUCCAAGGCUAUUGCCACCGAUCUGCAGCAGGAUAUUACGGCCCUGGUUAAUAUGAAUAAUAUUGCUGCCUGUCGCGUGUUCGAGAAACUAAACUUCAAAUUGAUGAAGGGCGAGCACUACUAUUGGAGCAUGAUCAAACCAAAAGGAGGUGGUCAGAUAUCUUGGCCCAGCAAUGAAUAAA